AUGGCACGCAAGCUGAUGGUGGGUUAUGUUUGGGCCAGAAAUUUAUUGUUAUGUAAGCGCUUAAUUUUGGGCGAAACUAAAGAGGUCACCUCAAGUUCAUUCUUAGAUUUGCUGCCCUCACCUCCAGUUUUAAAGAGGUACAUUUUUUUGGAAGAGG